AUGUUCUUCAGUGUGGAAUUUGCCACCUCCAAAACCCAGGGGCCUAUGAGGCACUAUGUUUUCUUCUUCAUCGUGGGAAUCAUGGGAAUCGUAGUAGCUGUGCUGUCUUGCUGCAGACAAGAACCUAGUGGCUGUAUUAGGUCCUCUGGCUCUAGAAACAGCAAGGAUCUCGGCGCCGUACUUGGAAACCUAUUCGAAGGACGUGAUGACGGUGGCAUUCUUAUCCAUCUUGAUCACAGCUCCAAACGGAGCCUUGCUUAUUGGCAUACUAGGGCCCAAAAUGCUCACGCGCUGCUACGAUCCGGGCAAAGUGGAGGCGCAGCUGUCGGAAUGCAAACACCAUUAAAGUUUCUCAGCCAUCACGUGCCUGCUUCCUUGAACGAAUUAUUCGCCUGACAGAACAAAUUUAAAGUACAAGUAUCUGGAGAUUAUAUGUCCAGAAUUUAGUAAAUACGUGACUUCACUACAGGACUUUCCUCUGAU